UUCUGUUGCUGAUGAUGGUGAUGACUAAGAAUAGUGAUAAGAAGGAUAAAUAUUUUUCAGAGAAACAGGUGUUUUGCCUGGGUGAGGCACAUGCUCAGUUCCACUUUGACAAUUGCCAAGGACAACAAAAAUAAUGCCGUUCUUGGUUAUGCUGUGUGGAGAACAUUGACAGGAGGGCAUAAGACAAUCCAAUACUCACUGAUGCUAGCCGGCCACACCAAAUUUUCAUGCGACUGGCAUUUUGGAGUUUGGAAAAACAGAAUGAGACACAUGGAUGCAGAGACAGUUGAGGAGGUGGCUUCCACAGAAGCCAUGUCAUCCCGUAAUGGCCACAACAUUCCACAUAUUGUUGAUGGCAACAGCAAACAAGUGUCGUUCUAUGACUGGAGCACCUUCUUCAAAGGCAUUUUCAAACCAUUGAAGAACAUUUCGAAAUACCUUUCAUUUGAGGUGUCUUCUAACGAGCCUGGGGUUUUAAGAGUAAGGAAGUUUGUUGAUGCCCCUGGGGAGAAAAUUAACAUACUGAAAAACUGCCAAGUGGAUAUUGGUGUUCUGCCAGAGCAGAUCUUUGGUGAGGGAAUAAGUGCAGAAAGGCAAUGGUACUUGCAUGAUGUAAAAAGAGACUUUUGCAGAUCAGAUAAUGCUAAAAACACAACAUGCCCAUUGCCAUUAGUUGCAAAAGAAGGCUAUUCAAAGGCCAAAAAACAAAAGUUGAAAUAGGCAACUUUAUUGAGAACACUUUCUGUGUGUGUUUCAGCAAAAGUUAUAGUUUGUUUCUUGCUAUAAAUAUAUUGGCAUGUGUAAGUGGAAGUUUUAUGUUUUCAUUUACAUUCAAAGAAUAUAUUUCUUUGUGUUACAUUGAUAAAAUAUUCAUGAUCUUAGGAAUGUAUGGUUUCCUUGGCAAACCAAAAGUAACACACUUGAUUGAUCAUUAAAUACUUAUGUAUAAACAUGUAUUUCAAUUAUGGGAAUAUCAUUGAACAGUCGGCCAUCUAUAGGUAAAGUAUGAUGACAUUUAUAUUUUCCAUACACGACUGCAGUAUAAUGUGAAAGUGUACAUUUAAAAGUCUAUAUGUUAAUAGUUAUACAUUAAUAUAGUUUCAAUAAUCCUUGCAUGCAUAUGUUUGUUGUCAAUUUUGUCAAAUAAGGCAUGUGUCAAUGCUUUCCUUGUAAAUACAUUUCAUUCUGUGUCAUCUUACAACUCCAAAAGAAUGAAAUGAGCAAAAAAAAGAAUUAUUCUAGGUAUAAGUCAGUUGCUAUGGCAACCAAGUAUAACAUUCUUAUUGAUUUUAAAAAUAAUUGAUUUCACCAGACAAGUUACAUCUUUUAAAUAAUUGCUUGUUUUAAAAUAAUAUGUUUUUUGUUUUGAUUAAUACAAGGAUAAGCUGCACUACUUUUGAACAAUUAACCUUGUUUUAGAAAAGUGGCAGAUUUUCUUUACAGGGUCUAUGGAAAAUUGCUGUUAACAUUCUAUUUUACUACAUAGCUGGCUGAAAUUUUAAUGCUGUACUAAAAUAUUUCCUGCAAACAUAAUCUAUCAAAUUCAAAUGUGAUUUUAUAUAUUUGAGCUGCUUUUGCGUUUAUUUGGAUAAAUUUCUCGUGAAAAAAUUGUAGUCAUGGCAACCGUUUCUAUGAAAUGUACAUGUAGUGUUAUAUUUUCCAUAAAUGAUGUUAUUGAUGUUAUGAUAAUGUUUCCACAGAAAUAAAAAAUGCUGUAUUCAAUUUUAAUGGAAUACAGACUCUUAAAAUCAAGGACGUUGUAUUUACUUAUGUUUCCAUUUCCUU